AUGGUACGAAGCUUAACUCAGUGGACGAAAACUUUAAGUUUUCCUGCUAGGAUAUCUCCUAACAGAGGUUCCAAGGAAUGUGUUGUAAAUGUUAACCCAGGUUCACCCAUUUCUUCCGGAGGAACUCCUAUUUCAAAUCGAUUGAUCCGUGCUCCGGAAAUCGUCGACGAAAAAUUCAACGAUGCAGAUCAAGAGAAGUCCCUCAUCAGUUUGCCUUCCGCAGGUCCAGUUGUAUUCUGUGUGCAUCAGAAAUUGGGCUGCCGUUGGGCCGGCGAACUGCGUGCCCUCAAAGCCCAUUUAACAACCUGCAGGCACGAUGCGACACCCUGUCGCAAUGGAUGCGGAGCGCAAAUUCCGAGGGCUAUGAUGCCUGAUCAUUUGCGCUACACCUGUCCAGAGAGACGUGCCCAGUGCGACCAUUGUGAAAGGCAAUUUAGUGGACAUGAUUUGGAGACUCACAAUGGAACCUGUCCACAAGAGCCCAUUUAUUGUGAAAACAAAUGUGGCGCCCGUAUCCAACGAAGACGUAUGAGCAGACAUAGGGCUGCAGAGUGCCCCAAACGUAUGAUCCCUUGCAGACAUUGCCAUAAGGAAUUUGUGGGUGACACCUUAGCAACUCAUCAUUCGCUGUGCCCCAGAUUACCUAUUUCAUGCCCUCAGAGAUGCGAGAAAGCUCCUCUACCACGAGAAGAACUGGAAACACAUUUGAAAGAUGAGUGUGAUAGAUUGCAAAUUAGCUGUGCCUUCCGUGAUGCAGGAUGUAACUUUAAGGGAACACGCCAGUCAAUGGAUUCUCACAUAUCUACUAGUUGUUCCCAACAUCUACAAAUGAUGGUUGCUUUAUCAUCACGCCAAACACAACAAAUCAACUCCCUACGAAAUGCUGUAGCCUCUUUGUCUUUGAACUAUUCUGGUACUUUAGUAUGGAAAUUAUCAGAUUGGACUUCAAAAAUGUUGCAGGCAAAAAGUCAAGACGGUGUCGAGUUGCUAUCACCUCCUUUUUACACCAGCCAAUAUGGGUAUAAACUUCAGGCCUCAGUUUUCUUAAAUGGAAAUGGUGCUGGUGAAGGUACACAUGUGUCUGUCUACAUCAAAAUCUUACCAGGGGAAUAUGAUGCUUUAUUAAGAUGGCCGUUCAGUCAUUCGGUGUCUUUCACAUUAUUUGAUCAAUCUAUUGUUUCAGAUAAAAGCUGCAAUGUGGUUGAAUCUUUCAUACCAGAUCCGACAUGGGAAAAUUUCCAGAGACCUAGCAUAGCACCUGAUGCAUUAGGUUUUGGUUUCCCAAAAUUUGUUUCACAUGAAAUGCUGAACAGACGAUCCUUCAUUAAAGACGACACAGUUUUUAUUCGAGUCAAAGUUGAUCCCAGCAAGAUUGUAGCGGUUUAG